AUGCAGUUGUUAAAGCCGGUUAUAGAGAAGAAAAGACGAGACCGAAUAAAUCAGAGUCUUAGCGAGCUAAGGACUUUGUUGCUGAACUAUACAUUAGAUUCGGUGAGUUUUUCAAUCCUAUAUAGCAUUCAUUGUUGUAGUCUGUGAGUCUAUAGGGCCAUCCAAAGCAGUCUAUUCACUCUAUUAAUCUUGACCACUCACAGCGUUUACAGAACCCCAAACUGGAGAAAGCAGAGAUUCUAGACCUGGCUGUAGAAUAUCUUCAAAAAAGGACAGACAAACGAAGCAUGAGCAAAGGUAGGUCUAUCUAAUUAGCUCUAGACCUAUGUGUGUUGUGAAUGAUCAUCUGCAAUGCAUGAAAUUGUCUGCAAAAAUUCACAAUAAAUAAAAAAUGUCCCUCUCCUCUCCCACCCGUUCACUUUUUUUUAAAUAGAUUGUUCCACCCAGGCUGUGUGUGGGCCGAAGGAGGUGCAACAGGAUAUUCACAGUGAGGUUUCCAUGGCAGGCAUCCCCAUUCCCACAGCAGCAGCAGCAUACUCCAGGUCUGCUCUCCCUGCCAUCUACACCGCAGGCUUCCAACAGUGUGUUUCUCACCUGGCUGGCUUCAUGGGCAGCAGCAGCCCCUUGGAGAGAGAGGGCUUCAUCCUCCUCCAAGGGCUGAAAAGCUACAUAGACAGUCAGUACCCAACCACAAACCCCAGUACAGCCAUGUACCCAUCCAGUCAGUACCCAACCACAAACCCCAGUACAGCCAUGUACCCAUCCAGUCAGUACCCAACCACAAACCCCAGUACAGGACAGCUGCAGUGCCCAUCCUCUUCCUCAACAACAGACUUCCAUCUGAGGUCGGGUGGGAAGGAGAUGGCUCAUUGGGCAGACAUGGUGCCUGUGAGAGAAGGAUGCCGUCACUCUAAACAGGGGACUGUUCUCUGUCUCUGCAAAUCCACUUUGUCGACCACCCACCAUUCUUCCUGCCAACCUGGUGGCCACUCGUACCUCUUGACGCCUGACUACCUCUCCCCACCUCUGUCUCCCUGCCUUUCUUGUUCUCCUUCAGCUUUCACCACCCCUCCUCCCUAUUCCUCAUUUCCCUGUCACUUUCUUUUCCCUCCCAGCCUGUCACCUAUUUCCUCCGACCCCUCCUGCUCUGGAUCCCUGUCGCUACAUAACAUCCCACCUCCUCCAGUUGGUUUUUCACCCACCCUCCCUCUCCCGAGCCCCCCUCUCCUCUCAUUUCCCUCCCUUACCUCUCAGCUGUCCCCUGGGUCUGCGCCGAGGCGAGAAUUAUUUAUUAACUCCACACACUGGAGACCCUGGUAG